AUGACUGAUCAUCAACAUCAUUGUCAUGAAACAUCGAAGCCUGAAACAAGUUAUAAUGAUUCCCAAAAAGCUGAUAAUAAUGAAUAUGAUAAUACUGAACAACCAGUAGGCACUAAUAUAACUCAUCAAUUUAGUUUUAAAGAUGCUGAUGAAAUUCUACAUGAUUUAUGUCAUGAUCAAGAUGAACAAGCAAUAAAAGUUAACAAACGAAAACAAGGAUUUCAAGUUCAUCAUCUUAAAGAACUAUUUGAAACAAAAUUAGGUGCCAAACAUGUUAAUUACGAGCAAUCUACAGCAUCUAUUGUCAGAAAAUGUUGUCAAGAAUUUUCGUCCGAUUCUGAUGAACCAUUUUAUAUUGUUAAUUUAUCUCAUUAUGCUCGUCAAUAUUUGCAAUGGAUGCAUUUUCUUGGUCGUAUUCAUCCUUUUUAUGCAGUUAAGAGCAAUCCUAAGAAUUUCAUCAUUAAAAUUAUUGCAGAAUUAGGUGGUGGUUUUGAUUGUGCUUCAUCAGAAGAACUCAAUCUAGUACGUGAAACAUGUGGUGAUAAUUUUGACUAUGCUACACGUAUAAUAUUUGCUCAUCCAUGCAAAGCUAUAUCUCAUAUUCGACAAUUUCGUGAAGCAGGUGUACAAAUGACAGUAGUAGAUAAUGAAGAUGAACUCAAAAAAUUAAAAGAACAUUGGCCUGAAGCUAAAAUUCUUCUUCGCCUUAAGCCUGAUGACAGACAUUCAAUGAGUCCUUUUUCAACAAAAUUCGGUGCUAACGAACGAGAAUGCAUUGCUUUACUUCGGUUGGCUCGUGAAUUAAAUAUUAAACUUGUUGGAUGUUCAUUUCAUGUCGGUAGUCGAUGUCUUGAUCCUAAAGUCUACACGGAAUCGCUUAAAUUAGCACGACGUAUUUUUGAUAUUGCUAAACAAGAUGAAUUCGGAUUUAAUUUUAAAAUAUUAGAUAUUGGUGGUGGUUUUUCAGGUCACGAUUGGGAUAAACCAAGUUUUCCCGAAUUUGCCAAAAUAAUUAAUAAUACAUUGGAUAAAUUAUUUCCUGAAUCAGAAGGUAUUGCAAUAAUCUCAGAACCUGGUCGUUAUUUUUCAUCUGGAGGUAUGAUAUUAGUCACUCGUAUUAUUGCUCGACGUAUUCAUAAUCGUAAUUAUAAAUCGAAUGAAAACGUCGUCAAACUUGAACGUAAUAUUUCUUAUACAUCAAAUUCAUCGAAAGAUAAUAAUGAUGGAAAUUCCAAAUCUGAAAAAGCACUUAUUGAAAAUGCUGAUAAUAUUUAUUAUAUUAACGAUGGUAUUUAUGGAACAUUUAAUGCUAUUAUAUUUGAUCAUAAAAUAUUUAUUGUACAUUAUUUAAAAAUGAAACAAGAAAAGAAAAAAUCUCCACAAUUUAGAUCAGUUAUAUUUGGUCCAACAUGUGAUUCACUUGAUUGUAUUGCACAUUCAAUUGAUUUACCACUAUUAGAUAUUGGUGAUAUUUUGUGGUUUCCAGAUGUUGGUUCAUAUACAAAUGCAAGUGCUUCGAACUUUAAUGGAUUUCAAACAAAAAAAUAUUUUUUUAUUUGGAAAAAUUAA